ACCCUCUCGUGGCCAUGGCUUCAUCUCCCGGAACCCCAAUUCUUUGUAGUGGAGGAUCAACAGCAGCUGAGCUUCCAACGCAGAAUUUCGUAUCAUUUGAGGAUGUAGCUGUGUUUUUCUCCAUGGAGGAGUGGGCCCUGUUGGAUUCUGAGCAAAAAGCCCUGUACCGGGAGGUCAUGCUGGAAAACAAGAGGAACGUGGCCUCCUUAGGACAAGAUACUGUCCUUUUCCAUCAACUCUUUCUUAGGCUAGAAGUGUCUUCCCAAGGAAAGCAACCAAGCUCUACUCCGGCUCAACAUGGAGGUAAGAAACAAAGGAAAAGUAUCAAUUUGGUCUUGAAAAUGAAAAUAAUUAAAGCCCAUGAGGAGGGGAAGAAGGUAAAGACCUUAGAAAAAGGAGGAGGACUGGCUUGUUCCACCAUAUGCACGAUCCUUAAGGGUAAAGAAAAGAUAAAAGAGGCAAUUAAAUUAGCUUCAGGAGCUGAUGCCAUAAUCACGAGAAAUAGGACAGGCCUCCUUUCAAAAACAGAACAGCUCCUUGUGCUUUGGAUUGACAAUCCGAUCCCAAAAAGAAGUCCCAUUAGUCUUCAUCUGAUUCAGGAAGAGGCAUGGAGCAUUUUUGAAACACUAGAGCGAGCAGCGGGUGAGGAGUACAAUGAGACCUUUGGAGCCAGUCGUGGCUGGUUUGCGCAAUUCCGAAAAUGA